AUUUUAUAGGGAUAACGAGAUGUUACAAAGACACGCGAUUUCCCUUUCCGGUGACAUUUAAAAGUCUCAUGGUCGGUACACGGAACAGAGUCUUUCCUUUAAUGGCACCCCCCACCUUCCGCUACGUUUCCCCCUGGAGGCUAGACCGGACCUCAAUUACAGCGGAAGUUGAGCAUAGAGUUGUCGACAUUGCUCAGAGCGCCACUAUUUCCGGGGUUGACGCUUCCGGCUGGCAGUAGUUACCCUACAAGCGACGGGGUUAGGAAGACGCCGCUAGAAAAGGGGGCUUUCAGUUUUCUGGAAUGGCUUCCUUUGGAUGGAAAAGGAAGAUUGGUGAGAAGGUAUCUAAGGUAACAUCCCAGCAAUUUGAAGCUCAAGCUGCUGAUGAGCAGCGUCUGGUUGAUGAUAAUGAAGUUGAUUGGCUUCAUGAAGCCAAAAGGAAAAAGGGGCUUCUCAUGGAAGACUGUGUAGCCCAAAGUAAACAUCUGAAGGAUGAAGGUGCAAUUUUAGCCGAAAAUGGAAGGUACCGGGAAGCUGUUCAUAAAUGGGAUGAAGCACUUCAGUUAACCCCUGAAGAUGCCACUCUGUAUGAGAUGAAAUCACAGGUUCUGAUGUCUCUGCAUGAAAUGUUCCCUGCAGUGCAGGCAGCAGAAAUGGCUGUCCAGAGAGAUCCUCAUUCUUGGGAAGCAUGGCAAACACUGGGGCGGGCCCAGCUUGGAUUAGGAGAAAUCACACUGGCUAUUCGAAGUUUCCAGAUCGCCUUGCAUAUUUAUCCCCUCAGCUCUGAACUGUGGAAUGAAGAUCUUUCCUGGGCAAAAAAAUUACAGCAACAGAAGAAAGCAACCAAAACUGAGACAGGAAUGCAGAGGGCUGAGGAAAAAACGUUGGAUGAGCCAAUCCCAGAUUAUGAUUUUGAAAGUGAUGAGAUCUUGGCUGUGUGCGCCGCCAUUGCCGAAAAAGAAAAAAGCACUUCAUCCUCUAAAACUGUAGUGAUCGUAUCAGCUUCAGGAGCCGUUGAGACUGUAACCGAACAAGAGGAAUGUGCAACAGUCCCUGAUGGUACUGUGUUUAUCAAAGCACGAUAAUCUACAUAGUCUCUUCCUGUCACAGCCAUACAUUUGGGGAAUUGUUGCUGUUGUUGUUUCACUUGCUUUCCCCUCUGUUGGAGCCCCAUCUUGGGUCACUAAGCACUGGAGAUCCCUGCCCCAUCAGAUUAAGCUUCAGGAGGCACAGUGGCCAUGGGUCUAGCAGGGCCAAGGAGGAGGCCGUAUCUGGAAAACUGAACAUCAGUAGCUUCAUUGCUAUUGUGUGCUCCCAGAUUGAAUGCUACUUUAUACAAAAACACCCUUGCAAAUUUGGUGCCUUCCCAAUGUAACAGCCUACAAGUCCCACAAUCCCCAGGUAGCGUGGUCCAUGAUGACGGUAGCUGAAGUUCAUGGAAGGUGAAGUACAAUCCCCCCAAAAGGCAUCCCCAUUGUGGAAACCUGGUGUUCAGUAUAGGAAGAAGAAAACAGAGCAGCAUGGGUUUGGAAAUGGCGGCUUUGAAAUAGGAACUGGAAGUUUUGGGUCUGUAUAUAUUUAUACUGCCAAAAAUUACAGGAUUCCUGUUUAUGUUUUCCUAAUCUGCCUUAAUUUGUUCAUAGCCUUGUGUGGGUGUGUAUGCAUGUGUGUGUGUGUGUAUAUAACCAUACACAGACUGGAAUGGCUUUGUAAGCUUGCUAUCAACCCACUAACAUCUGUUCUGACCAUGAUAAAGUAAAGCAGGGAAUGAGGCAAAACCUUCACAGAUGAGGUACGGAAUGUGCUGAAUAUGUUUCAGACUGUAGUUUUUUGAGUCAAGGUCAUACAUGGUCUCAUUCUGUUGUCUUAAUGCAGUUCUCAGAUGCAGUUCUCAAAUGCUGCUUCUGAUGCAAGAUACUCUCCUUGUUUUGCCAAAUCCAGUUAUAAAAUAUAUUUUUACACUUGAA